AAUCCCCCACGUUUAGGCAAUUCAGAAGCCAAUUUACAAAGGAUAGCAGCGGUUGAGCGUCUCUUCAGUUUCCCUAAAUUACUUGUCCCGAGACGUGUCCUUGUUGGGGAAGGUGUCUUAACAAAGAUAUGUCGAAGGAAACCAAAGUUGAGGCAUUUUUUCCUAUUUAACGACUUAUUGCUCUACGGACGCAUCAUCGUUCAUCGGAAGGUGGUAUUUUUUAGAAACGGAUUCUCCAUUCUGAGUCCCAAAAAGUCAUUCACGGUAUACUCUAGUACAGCUGAAGAGAAGGCCCAUUGGAUUGCUUACUUACAAAAGUUACUGUGCAUAUCUCAUGUUUCCACUUCCCUUAUCCUUAUAGCUGGCGUUGUUCGAAAUGAACUGGUUAAGCAUUCUCCUGUCUGGAUUCCUGACUGUGAGGCACGCAACUGUAUGGUUUGUGGUGUAACGGAAUUCACCCUAGUCCAUCGACGCGUACGUUUAUUUGGUUUUGGCCCAUCCUUACUUCGGGGUUUUGUAUCUCAAUCCGCUGAAAUUCUAAAUUUUCUUGUUGAUCCUAAGUUCAAACUUUCUUGUCUUUCUCCCAAUGUUCAUACAAAUGGGCAACCAAAAGACAGCAACCAAAACCGGCGCACGAUAGUGCAUGGUUAA